AUGGCGUUUGAAGGGAUUGUUGCUAACGGCGUAACAGAAAUAUUGAAGAAAUUGGUUCCGGUUGUUGCUCGAGAAAUUAGUCUGGUGAGGGGUGUCGAAGAUGAUCUGAAAAAGCUUCAAGACACUUUAGAGAUGAUUCUACUUGUAAUAGCUGAUGCUGAGAGGAAACAGAUCAAUGAUGCAGCUGUACGUCUUUGGUUAAGAAGGCUUAAAGAUGUUGCCUAUGAUGCGGAAGAUGUGAUGCAUGAGUUUUCCUAUGAAACCAUGCGGAGGUGUGAAAGGGGGAACCGCUUGAGGAUCAAGGCUCGUGAUUUCUUUUCAUCCACCAACCCACUUGCUUUUCGUUUCGAGAUGGCUAGGAAAAUCAAACAUAUAAACCAGAGGUUAGCUGAAACCACCGAAGAUAUGAGUAAGUUUCAUUUGCAAACUACACCUGCUAGCAAUACUGUUACUCUUCCUGGUGAAAACAGUGAGCACCGGAGCCGAGAAACCGCACCCUGUAUUCAUGAAUCAAACAUUAUAGGGAGGGAGGAUGAAAAGGAGAAAAUAGUAAACAUGUUAACCAAAGUGAUACCAUCAUCAGCAACACCAUCUGGUUGUGAUAGAAAUACGGAAAAGGUCUCUGUGGUUUCCAUAGUUGGUAUGGGAGGUCUAGGCAAGACAACUCUAGCUCAGCUCGUCUAUAAUGAUGAGAUGGUAAAUAAACUUUUUGAGUUAAAAUUGUGGGUCCAUGUCUCUCAAGAAUUUGAUGUGGAAAAGCUCUUAAUAAAAAUUAUGGAGUCCUCCACGAAGAAAAAGUUUGAUUCUCCGUCAAACUUUGCUGUACUGGUAAGUAAAGUUCAGGAACAACUAAAUGGGAAGAGAUAUUUGCUAGUAUUUGACGAUUUAUGGAACGAGGAUGCUGGGCAAUGGGAGAGACUCUGCAGUGCGUUGCUUGAUGGGGCUCAAGGGAGUAAAAUAUUAAUCACUACUCGCAAAACUCAAGUUGCAGAUAUGGUUAAGGGGAGUAUUCCUCCUUACAAAUUGGGGAAGUUACAGGAUGAUGAAUGUUGGUCUAUCAUGGAGAAGAGAGCAUUUUCUCCCGGUGGAGCAGUAAAGACUCCAACCAUGACAAGCAUUGGAAAAGGAAUAGCAAAAAAAUGUAGUGGCGUACCGCUUGCAGCAAAAAUCUUGGGAGGUCUCAUGCGCUUAAAAAAUAAUGAAGGCGAUUGGUUGUCAAUUCAAGAACUUGAUGUUUUGAAUACAAGAGAAGGUUGGGAGAUAAAUAGAGUAACACUGAUUCAGCUGUGGAUAGCAGAAGGAUUUCUCGACACUUGUAAUGUGGGAAGCAGAAGAUCAAUUGAAGACAUCGCGGAUGAAUACUUUGAGAGUUUGGUAUCGAGUUCAUUUCUGGAUCGUGAGGAUUGGAGCUUCUUGGGUGACAUAAAGACGUGCAAGAUGCAUGAUCUCGUGCAUGAUCUUGCAAAAGCUGUUGCCGGGGAUCAGGAAUUGGCGUCUCUCAAGGUGAGUGAGUUGAAUAAUACUUCUGAAAUACGUCGGUUACAGUUAAUAUUGGAUGUGGAUUUAUCAUCAACAGAAUUUCUGAAAAGCUUAAGUAACGCGAAGAAGUUGCGGACACUUUUUAUCCCUGAAGGUUCAAACCUGGUAGAUCCUUUUAUAUUCUCAGAAAACAAUCAGUACUUGCGUGUGUUACAUGUGGGUAGUUCACCCAAUAAAAUUAGUAUUGCUCGUCCAAAGUGGCGUUCUUUGAGUUUGCUAAAACACUUAAGGUACCUCCGCCUUUCCUGUCUUGAUCUUAGGGAUGGAGAGAAUGACCAGUCCAUCAGUAAGCUUUAUAAUCUGGAGACAUUGGUAUUGAAUCUCGUAACCGGUGUUAAAAUUCAAAAUCUUCUUACAUUACGGAGGGUCCAUAUAAGCUAA